AGGUCUCCGGGGAGUAUCAAACUACCACGUCUGCAGCAAGGGGAGAGGAGAGGAGAAGAGGAGAGGGGGUCAAAAUAAGCCGACUGGAAGAUAGGACAGCGAGGAGUUGAGACUGCUCCAUGAAAACAAAGUCGGCUGCAACUUCUGGGGCGAAGCGCAGGCUGAAUUUGGACAUAAAAUACGCGCAGCUUGCAGCUCCAGAGCCCCCCUUCAGACUUCCUGCUUCCAGUAACGUCCGAUAAUUUGGUUAAAAUUCACCCAAACGCGAGGAGAAUGCACAGACUGGACAAAUACCUCUCUUGGUUUAAGUAACUAGUUGCAGAGACGCACUGCUGCGUAUCUUCUGGCAACUGUUUUUGUGUUUUGCGCCAAGUCGAUCUCGGCUGCGCCCGAAAAUUGGUUCGUUGGAUACGUGUUUCCGCAGAUAAUGUUCUGACAAAUAGCAAAGUGAAGUUUGCGCGAACGUUUACAGAAAGAUCUGAUUUUGUAUAGUUUUGUUUUUUUUGGGGAGAGUCAAGUGAUGGCACCAGAGCUCAAAUCGCUUGUCCGACUGCUGCUGCUGGCGGUGGUGUGGGAGCUGAGCGCACAGGGAGCGACGGAGCGAGCAAUCAAUCCAGAGUCAUGGCUGCAGCAGUAUGGUUACCUUCCCCCGGGGGACAUGAGGACCCAUUCCCUUCGCUCCCCUCACUCCAUCCCCUCGGCCAUCGCCAACAUGCAGAGGUUCUACGGCCUCACUGUCACCGGAACCUUUGACACCAACACAAUUGAGGCCAUGAAGCGGCCACGCUGUGGCGUGCCAGAUAAGUUUGGUGCCGAACUGAAGAGCAACCUGCGGAGGAAGCGAUACGCCACCCAGGGCCUGAAGUGGAACAAGAACGACAUCACUUUCUCUAUACAGAAUUACACCCCUAAGGUGGGUGAGUACGAGACCCACGAGGCCAUCAGGAGGGCCUUCAAGGUGUGGGAGAGUAUCACCCCGCUCCGCUUCCGGGAAAUCCCCUACAGUUACAUCCGGGACAAGGUGGAGGAGUUUGCAGACAUUAUGCUGUUCUUCGCAGAGGGUUUCCAUGGUGACAGCAGCCCGUUCGAUGGCGAGGGGGGCUUCCUGGCACACGCCUAUUUCCCUGGUAAUGGCAUCGGUGGGGACACCCACUUUGAUGCAGCUGAACCUUGGACUAUUGGAAACAAGGAUCUGUCAGGUAAUGAUAUUUUCCUGGUUGCGGUGCAUGAACUGGGACAUGCUCUGGGCCUGGAGCACUCUAAUGACCCUUCAGCCAUCAUGGCUCCCUUCUACCAGUGGAUGGACACCGAGAGCUUCCAACUUCCUGACGACGAUCGCAGAGGCAUACAGCAGCUUUAUGGGUCUAGAUCAGGCCCUCAGCCACCCCCUGUAACACCCCGUACGCCGUACCACAGCCCCCAGCCCACAUAUUCACCUGACAAGCCUCGCUUUGGCCCCAACAUCUGUGAUGGACACUUCGACACCAUCGCCAUCCUCAGAGGAGAAAUGUUUGUGUUCAAGGAUAAAUGGUUCUGGAGGGUACGUAACAACCAUGUUCUGGAUGGAUAUCCCAUGCCGAUUGGUCACUUUUGGAGGGGAUUGCCGACUCAUGUCAAUGCCGCUUUUGAAAGUGAAGAUGGGAAGUUUGUUUUCUUUAAAGGUGACAGGUAUUGGGUGUUCACUGAAUCAGUUCUGGAUCAUGAUUACCCUAAAAGUAUAAAGGAAAUGGGCAACGGGCUUCCCAAAGACCGAAUAGAUGCUGCUCUCUUCUACACCCCCACUGGACAGACAUUUUUCUUCAGAGCAAACAAGUAUUACCGUUUCAACGAAGAUACACGCAGUGUUGAUGAUGGCUAUCCAAAAUUAGUUAAUGUGUGGCAGGGAGUGCCUGACAACAUCAAGGCAGCUUUCAUGAGCAAAGAUCAAGCGUACACCUACUUCUACAAAGCCAACAAGUACUGGAAGUUCAACAACCAGAUGAUGCGCGUGGAGCCGGGAUACCCCAAAUCAGCCCUACGUGACUGGAUGGGCUGCCCCAACGAAGACCCCAAGACAGAUGGAAGAGGAGGUGGUGGCGGACACGACAAGGACAAGGAGAGGGAGAAGGAAAAGGAACGGGAGGAUAAAGACAGAACUAGAGAUAGAGAGAGGGACAGAGAGAGGGACAGAGAGAGGGAGAAGGAAAGGGAGAAGGUGGAAGAAACGGAGGUGAUCAUUACUGAAGUGGAUGUGGAGGAAGGGGUCAGUGGUGGCAGUGGAGCAGCGGCGGUGGUGGUGCCGCUGUUCCUGUUAGUGUGUGUGAUUGCGACGCUGGCAGUCUUGGUGUUUUUCCAUCGGUACGGUACCCCACGCCGACUCCUCUACUGCCAACGAUCUUUACUGGACAAGGUGUAGACGGAGGGAGAGAGGAGAGAAAGACCAGGAGAGAAAGAGGAAAAAAAAGAGGAAGGAAAUGUUGAAGGCAGAUAAUAAGAGCAGGAAAGAAAGAGAUACAAGUGGAGAAAGAGCAGAAGGAAAGUACCAGACUUGCAUUUUAAAAUAUUUUUUACCACUGCCAGAUUCCUUUUGCUCUAUCUCUCAACCACUCCGUCCUUCCACUUUUUUCAUUUUUUUUCACUCCCGUCUGUCUCUGUAUGCCUCGUGGUUACUGACGCCAGCUCAUUGCUGUUUGUUUUAGCCUUUUUCAAUGUCUUAUUUUUAGUUUGUGUCAGUGGUCAGUGUUUGUGUCCUUGUGAAUUUCCGCUUCGAACCUGCAUCUUUCAUGAUGCCCAUUCUAGCAUGUUCCUUUGAGUAAGCAAAGAGCGCGUUUGAUCGCUUGUUACAACCCCUCGUUAACUUGCACACACUCACAUCAACACAAAUAUUUGGAAACCACAGUGGCAUAGUCAUUGUGUUUCUUAAUCUUCCAGUAAAGUUACGUGUCAGAGCCAGUAUGGACCAUAAAAGGGAAACAAAACAUUAGCUUAUGUCCUUACGAAGCAUGAGAUACACUCCUGUCAGAGUAAAGCAAUAAAUGCAACUGUGUCCUUUCCUUUUUUAUAUCAAUGUCUUUAGUGGUGAUUAUUAUUAUGACUAUUACUAUUAUUGUUGUUGUCCUCUGUGUAAAGAAUGUGUUUUUGUACAUUGUCAUUAAAAAGUCCUGCUGGACAGUGACAUACAGUUUUGAAAGUGGCCUUAAUUUUAUAUGUGGGGACAGUGAAUGGGGAAGGGGGUUAUGUAUUCUUGAAACUUGAUUGUUUUUCUUUUUUUUUUUUUUUACCUUGAAUCCAUCUCAAAUGAAAAUAAAUUGAAGAUCUGAAAAUGA